GAGGAAGAGUCACAGCGAAAGGAUCAGUAAGGCAAUCGUCUGGGAACGACAGAUCCAGAAACACAGAAAACAGAGGGGAAGACGGAGCCAGAGGUCAACCCCUUCCUGAUCGAUGAAAGAAGCCAUGCCAGUCCUCUCUGCAGGAGCAGGGUUGCAUGAGACGCUUGCCCUGCUGACCUCACAGCUGCGUCCAGAUGCCAAUCACAAAGAGGACAUGGUCUUCCUCAAGGAUGUCUUCAGUGAGAGGAGUCUCAGCUACCUGAUGAAGAUCCAUGAGAAGUUGCGUCAAUAUGAAAGGCAGAGCCCCACCCCAGUUCUCCACAGUGCCUCCACUCUGGCAGAGGACGUGGCAGAAGAGUUGCAAAGUGGACCGAUGAGUGUUGAGGAAAAAGAACUUCUACAUUUACUGACAUCACCUCAUCUCAAGGCGGUUUUGUCAGUUCAUGACACAGUGGCGCAGAAGAAUUUUGACCCUGUGCUGCCUCCUCUUCCCGACGACUUUGAGGAUGAACUAGAUGAGGACUCUGUCAAGAUCGUCCGCCUAGUUAAAAACAAAGAGCCACUGGGUGCCACUAUUCGGCGGGAUGAAUCCACGGGGGCCGUGAUUGUGGCUCGGAUCAUGAAGGGAGGGGCUGCAGACAGGAGUGGUCUGGUGCAUGUCGGUGAUGAACUGAGAGAAGUCAACGGCAGCUCUGUAAUGCACAAGAGACCAGAUGAGAUCAGUCAACUACUGUCUCAAUCACAAGGCUCUAUCACACUGAAGAUCAUCCCAGCAAUCAAAGAGGAGGACAAGCUGAAAGAGAGCAAGGUCUACAUGCGGGCACUGUUUGAUUACACUCCAUUGGAGGACAAAGCCACGCCGUGUCAGGAGGCAGGGCUUCCGUUUAAACGUGGAGACGUCCUGCAGGUGGUCAGUCAGGAUGAUCAGACGUGGUGGCAGGCCAAGAGAGUGGGAGAUUGCAGCCUACGUGCAGGACUCAUCCCAUCCAAACAGUUUCAGGAGAGGCGGUUAGCCUACAGAAUAAAAAUGGGCACUCUUCAAAACUCCAAGUCUCCCAAAAAAACUGUCUAUGACCAGGGAUGUGAUAAAGAAGACUGUGACUGUGAGGGCUAUUUCAAUGGACAGUACAUAGCCGGUUUAAGGAGAAGUUUCCGUCUAAGUCGGAAGGACCGUCGUGGUUCUUCAGGAGAGGCCAAUGUUACUGACCAGAAUGACACAGAGUUCCUGACCUAUGAAGAAGUGACACGUUACCAGCAGAGGCCCAAUGAGAGACCCCGAUUAGUAGUUCUCAUUGGUUCUCUGGGAGCACGCAUCAAUGAGCUGAAGCAAAAGGUCAUUGCAGAAAAUCCCCAUCGCUACGCCGUGGCUGUGCCUCACACCACACGGCCCAAAAAGAGCCACGAGAAGGAGGGAGUGGAGUACCACUUUGUGACUAAGCAGGCCUUUGAUACAGAUGCACAGAAUAACAAAUUUAUAGAGUAUGGAGAGUAUAAGGAGAAUCUGUAUGGGACCAGUAUAGAGGCCAUCCGCUCUGUUCAAGCCAAGAACAAGAUGUGUCUGGUAGACGUACAGCCUGAGGCUCUGAAGGCCCUGCGGACAGCCGAAUUCAAGCCUUAUGUCAUAUUUGUAAAACCACGAAUCCCAGAGAGUCGUAGACGCCGCAGUGCCGGCACCUCGCCGGGAGGAGGUGAACAUGGCCGAAUCACAGAGGAGGAACUGCAGGAAAUGCGUCUGUCUGCGCAGCAGAUAGAUCAACAAUAUGGUCAUCUAGUAGAUCGGGUCCUGAUUAAGGAGGACACUGCCAGUGCCUGCACAGAACUACGUAGCAUCCUGGAGAGACUGGAGCGGGAGACCUUCUGGGUUCCUAUGAGCUGGGUCAAGGCCUAGGACCCCCCGUUAGCUUCAUUCCAGACUGUUGACCAACACUUCCACUGAAGGCUUCUUUUCUACCAUACGGUGCAGUCGGACUGCACACGUUCUCCUUGGCCUGGCUUCUUUCAGCCAUCCACCAUCCAUAAGGGAAUGUAGAGGUCUGCACAAGAUGGAUUUUUCAAUCCCACUCCUGCCCAAUCCUGCCCAAAAUGUGUUAUAUUUUAUCCCGCUCCCGCCCAAAACGUUCACUUUUUUUUUCCCCGUUUCCGCAAACAAAAGCCCAUAGGAAGAGGUCUACAUGGAUUUUCAGUCCCUGUAUGGCUAGAUUGAAUUCUGUCUUGUUCUGGCUAUUUUUUUUUUUUUACAAUUUCCACACACAACGCUUCAGAUCUCCAGUGACAGACUUGUGCGUGCAGUUAUUAAGAGAGAAUUAUAUUUUGCGGGAGCCAAGGAGUCAUUUCUUUCUCCCGCUUUCUGCGCACAUAUCAGCAUAUCCUGAUUUUGCAGAGUUAGAUGCGUUAUUGGGUCAAAAUAUUUUGUUGAUCCUAGAACAACAUUCCUGUCUGAAUAUUUAGUCCUAUGUUUAGUCCCAUAAGUUAUCCCUAAAAUCAGAGGGAAAUGAUAGGUGAAUAACACUGAUGUAGAAACACCUAACCCUGGUUGUAAGCCUAAACUUCACAUAAACUAAACUUGUCCCUCAAAUCUGAUUGGUUGAUUGGAAUGUUGUUCCAGGAUUAACAAAGAUGUUGAUCCAGGAACAUGUUGUACUUGGUGAAAUCAGGUUCUGCCACAUAUCAGUAUCUUCCCUCCCGCAUACACUCAGCAAUUCAAAACUUGUCCCGCGCCGCACUCUGUUGCACCGGGUCCCGCAGACCUCUAGGUAAGGCAUUAAGAGACUAAAAAGAGGGAAACAGGCCAUUGAGGGUGUCUGUCUUAAUACAGAUUUUGUUUUCAGGCUGGGACAUGCAGGCACAUAAGCACUUAUAUUGGCAUGAAUGAUAUUUUAAUUUAUUUUUUAAUUACUUUAGUUAUUUAUUAUUUGCCUUGUUGUGUCAUAACAUUUGUUUAUUUGAUACUUGAUGGCUUCCUUUUAGGUUAUUUCAAGAGUUUCAGUAGACUGUAAAGCAAUACUUCAGUUAUAACCAGAUUAUAUUUUCAGAAAGGCGUUGAUAUUUAGUAUUGAAUGUGGAAUAUGGUUACCAUAGAACUCCACAUCUGGCCAUAGCAAGUGGGAAAUUUGCAGAUUGAACUGUACAUUUUUCUACAACGCACAGUAAGCCUUUCCCACGCACUCCCAUGCAGAGACUCAUUUAGCAACCGUAACUACUUCAGUUGAAAAUCAUUUGAAGUUUUAAUUUCAUAAAGUGUUGCCUAUCAGACUUUGUUGUCUAAUUUAAUCACAGAAAUCAGGUUCUUUUUGAAGAGCACGAUUGAUCAAUGUUUCACAGGAAAAUAUUAAACUCCUGCUGUGCCAACAACUGUCUCAGUGCACCAAGCUUUUCUUCUCAGAGAUUUUCUUCAUUCGGAGGGUUACGAAAUACCACGCCAAAGCACUUACGCUACACAUUAUCUAUGUAAAUAUGUAACUAAGCUUCCUGGAGUUGAGGUUUGUUAGAUGUAGAUGAACUGAGACGGUGUUGAGUUGAGACAGUAACACAAAGGCCCCUUAUUUUAAACUAGACUUGUUGUAAAGGUUUAAGCGACAGUUCAGCGUGAUACGUUACAACUACAUUAUGAGCUCAUGCAUCUUUUGCCAUUUAACUGUCACAUUCACAAUUUCUCUAGGACUUUCUACCAUUUCCCAACAUAUCAUACAAAUCCUCUUGAUCCUACCUCACCCUGUUUUUCAACUGAAAUCUGUCGCUUUUGUUGUAAGCUGCCAUUCUUUGGUGUAAAUUCUUAAUUGUAUGUCAUGUACUGGUUGCAAGUAAAAAUCAAAACCUGUCAAGAA